AUGGCUUCUUCGGGGCCGCCGCGGUUGUCGAAAGUCCACAAGCAGCGACUGAUUCAGCGUUUUAAGCGAGAAACCGCGCGCAGAGAACAGCUUCUGCGACAGGCAGGCGGCAGACAGGCCGAGGAAAUCAGCCUCAAGGUGAAAAACAGACUCAACAAGAUCCUCCGCAAGUUCUGGGACAUCAAGAUCCGCGACAUCCUGGAGGUCGAGCGCGAGAUGCCGCUGGACCAGCUGACCCUGCUGAAAGUCCUGCGGCAGCUAGAAAUUCCGUCGUCCGCAUCCGCUGUAUAA